GAAUAGGAAUCGUUCGUCACUCUGCAGUCACAGUUCCACACACAGAGUGCGCAUUUGCCAUAAAAACUGUAUGCGCGAUGAGUGGUGCGUAGCUUUAGGACCCGCGCAGCUUUAGGACCCCCGACCAUACAGCUGAUUCAAUUGCCGUUGUUGUCGCGCGCUAUUUUGCCCAUUUCGAACUUCAGUAUUGAAUGCAUGUAGCGAGGUACCAGCGUGCAGUGCAUGUCUGCAGAGUAUUAUUCAGAAAGGUAUUGACUAUUGUUGGAACCGUUAAUGGAAACACAUGUUUCAGAAGUGGAUCGAGUAGUACGAGUAGAAGUAGAAGUGUAACUAUUGACCCUACUGCUAGACAUAAUUAAGGAGCGAGGAACAGGUGUAAUUUGAAAAGUCAGUAACAAAGCACAGAGCGAACUUCAUCAGGAGAUCUGUGUUGGUACAGACUAGGGUAAAGCGGAUAUCUCAUUGAAGUGGGAGGAGAACUACAACCACACCAUGAAGUAUAUCUUGGUAUCUGGUGGCGUGAUUAGCGGCAUAGGGAAAGGAGUGAUCGCAAGUAGCAUCGGGAUGCUCUUAAAAGCUUGCGGUCUCAGGGUCACUUCGAUCAAGAUAGAUCCAUACCUGAACAUCGAUGCGGGAACGUUUUCGCCGUACGAACAUGGUGAAGUAUUUGUAUUGGAUGAUGGCGGCGAGGUCGAUCUGGAUUUGGGAAACUACGAGCGAUUCCUGGAUGUCAAGCUACACCGAGACAACAACAUCACAACUGGCAAGAUCUACCAGCAUGUCAUCUCUAAGGAGAGAAAGGGAGACUAUCUGGGAAAGACUGUACAAGUUGUGCCUCAUAUCACCAAUGCCAUCCAAGAAUGGGUAGAGAGGGUCGCUAAGAUACCGGUAGAUGGUGAUGAAAAGGAACCAGAAGUCUGUAUCAUUGAGCUUGGGGGUACCAUUGGAGACAUCGAGGGAAUGCCCUUCGUUGAAGCAUUCAGGCAGUUCCAGUUCAGGGUGAAGCAGGACUUCCUAUCUAUCCAUGUGAGUCUGAUCCCUCAGCCCAAGUCUACAGGAGAACAGAAGACCAAACCCACACAGGCCAGCAUCAGAGAGCUGAGGAGUCUGGGACUUUCACCAGAUCUGAUUGUUUGCAGAAGUCACAACCCGGUAGAUGAUGGUAUCAAGGAGAAGAUCUCUAUGUUCUGCCAUGUUCCUCCCGAACAGGUGAUCUGUGUUCAUGACUGCUCAUCUGUGUACCGAGUACCUCUUCUGUUAGAAGAACAGAAUCUUAUCUCAUUCUUCAAGAAUAGACUCACCCUCCAGUUCAGACAGAGACCAAGAGCAGUCCUUUCAAAAUGGAGGGAACUUGCUCACAGAUACGAGGCACCAUCAAAGCAAGUCACCAUCGCUCUUGUUGGGAAGUACACAAAGUUAGAAGAUGCCUACAUCUCAGUAACUAAGGCCCUAAACCAUGCUGCCCUCGCCUGCAAACACAAACUCAAUCUCAAAUAUAUUGAAGCUGAUGAUUUAGAAGCGGAGAUCAAGACCUCAGAUCCUGUCAAAUACCACGAGGCAUGGCAGAAACUAUGCAGUGCUGAUGGUAUAUUGGUCCCUGGUGGUUUUGGUAAUCGUGGUAUCGAAGGAAAAGUAGCAGCAGCACACUGGGCUAGAGUAAACAAGAAACCAUACCUUGGUGUUUGUUUGGGGCUUCAAGUAGCUACUAUUGAGUUUGCAAGGAACGUACUUGGAUGGGAAGACGCUCAUUCAGAAGAGUUUGAUCCCAAAUCAAAACACACUGUGGUGAUUGAGAUGCCUGAACACAACACGGGUCAGAUGGGAGGAACAAUGAGAUUGGGAUUGAGAAAAACACUCUUCAAGACCGACAACUGUGUUAUGAAAACCCUGUACAACAAUGCUGAGUACAUCGAGGAGAGGCACAGACACAGAUAUGAGGUCAACCCCAAUGAUGUCGCAGAGUUUGAGAAGAAUGGAAUGAAGUUUGUUGGACAGAGUGAAGAUGGACAGAGGAUGGAAAUUAUGGAGCUAGUUGAUCACCCGUACUUCGUCGCCGUACAGUAUCACCCGGAGUACAUCUCUCGUCCCAUGAAGCCCUCGCCGCCGUACCUUGGUCUGAUUCUUCAAUCCAUCAACCGACUCAACCAGUACAUCGCCAGGGGAUGCCGUCUGUCUCCCAGGAACUCAUUCAGCGAUAACGAGUCUUCCGACACCGAGGAGGAGAUGGUCAACCUAAGCGCCAACGCCAAGAGGAUGCAUUAUGAGGUGACUCCAUAGCAACCAAAAUGGCUGCCAUGUUCACCUAGUUAAUCCACUAUAUUAUGAUAUGUACUAAAUUGAUUAUCUUGUAUUUUGUAUCUUCUGAUUGAUUGGUCCUCCAAAGAUGUUUUCUUAUUGAAAACAUCCUAGAUGUUUUGUAAUUUAUCCUGUUUUUGUUCCAUGGGUAAUCACCACCGCAACCAAGAUGCCUGCCUUUAUUAUCUAGUAAGUCCAUGUUUAAAUCAAUUAUGUUAUCUUUUGUUGCAUACAAUGCUAUUGUUGCUCUGUUGUAUUGGCCAAUAAAAUGACCAUCUUUCACAGUGUAUGUCAUUUAUUAAUUUUUUCUUUUGUUCUGCUCAUGCACAAUGAGAAUGAUCCAUAGCAACAUGAUGGCUGCCAUAUUCACCCAGGAAGUUUGUUCAGAUCUAAAGUAGUAGCGCUGCUGAUAAGUAAUCUUAAUUUUCAAAUAUCAUAUUAAACAUAAAAAUGAUAUGGCCUUGAAACUUCAAUAAAUUAAUAUUCGGUUUGUAUCGAUAAGAUAUAUUGCCUCUUCGGCAAUUGCAAUGAAUGUGGAGUGUUUUUUUUUAUUUCAGACAAUAAAAAGGACUUAUAUCUUCAUAAAUGUAAAUAUCAGUUUGUGUAGACCAUAAUCUCAUAUUUCAUCCUUCAUCAAGCUCUUUAGGAAGUAAAAGGGUAAUAAAAGUGUCAACUUGACCACUUUCUUGACUCUUCAUUUUGUCAUUCUCAAUGUGGCACUGUGUAUUAGUGAUAAAGAAAAUUGGUGAACUUUUGAACUUUACUUUGAACUUUAUUUGCGAAUUUCUGUCAACCCCUUUCGGGGUAGGAGAAAUACAAAGAUAUUUAACAUGUAUAAUACAUUGUAUGAGAACAAAAAGAUGGCAUAAGAGAAAACAUUAAAUUAUAACACACCAUUAUUGGCAAUAUGGUAGUUAACAUGCAUGGUAAAGAUUGACAAUUAACAGGGCAUAAGAUUUUCCCUCAUCAUUGGUGAUGGUCAAAUACCUAAUUGUGCUUUAUCUGGUAGCCCUGUAUAUUAAUAUAUCAUAAUUUUCCUAUAAUUGGUAAUAGAAUUCCCCCCCCCCACUGACCAAUUGUAUUGAGAUCCUCUAUAUUCCAUUUGCCCCCCCCCCCCCUCUCGUCAUGUGGAUGAUUUAAAAGUUUGUGGAUAUUUCAUCCAGGAAUGCAAAAGUCAUUUUCUUGUGUGUGAAUUGGAUGGAUAAUGUUGAAUAAUAAUUUUUUUAUGCAAUGUUGAUUAUGCUAGUUUAGAUUCCGAUAUAAACACUUAUGCCCUUAUGCUUUGGUGUUUGAGAUACAUAUGUAGAACAUCCAACUCCCUGAUCAGUACAAUAUAAUGUAUUCAGUUUUCAUACUAGCUGUGAUUUCUAUUUACUGGUUUAUACUACUUUGACUGGAAGGGAUUAGUGGGAAUAUUCAUUACUCAAUAUAUUUGUCGUAAAAGUUGAUUCAUCGUUUCCCUCAUUUUAUUUUUCACAAAUAUACUAUACAUUUGGUUGGGAAGGAAAUAUAUCUGCUGUAUACUUUGCUGAAUUGUAAAAUUUUCCCUGGAGUGCCUAAAUAAUCGUCUUGGAACAUGUAGAUAAGAUACAAAUCUAAACUGGACUGAAUGUUCAGAUUUUCAAUAUAUGCUACUGGAUAUUGUCAUUUGAUUGGUCAAUUGCAAAUUUGUGAUAGAGAUUCUGCAUUUGUUAUUGAUAGUAGUAUUGUGAAAUGGGGCCGGGAAUCCCUCGCCAAUGACCAGUGUUAUUCCUAUGUUGUUUCAGUUUGCUUAGUUCUAAUAGACAAGGCACAAACUUUGCUGAUGGACUUCUGAACAAAGAUUUUGUGAAUGGUUUUGUUCUGCAAGAUGUUUUUUUUUAGAUCCUCGAGCAGCUAAUAUUUGUAGUAUCAAUUUAAAAUGAAUGCCGAGUUAACGAUUGCCUUUGGGUUAAUGGUUAGAGAGACAUGAGGUCUUAUUGAACGAUGCCUGUUCUUAGCAAUACGAGCAAAGCUCAAAUAUUUUGGUCUGAAUGUUUAACUGUUUUCUUGUGAUAUCAUUAGGAAUGAGAUUGUUCAUGUUUGAUGAACUCUUUGUAAGAAAGAGAGGCUAAAGUGCAAAAACCAAACGGCCCUUUUAAGGGCCAUUAAUUGGUGUUAUACGUAGCAGUAUGUGUUUAUGGGUGGCCUGGAUCACCAUUCCUUUUGUACAGUGUAUAUACUCAGACAAGUAGAUUAAGAAUUGUUUUGAUUAAUGUAUGCACAUAGUCUUGCACCUAUCAUGUUUUGAUUUUCUUUUAUGUAUUUUUCAUUAUUACUUUUAUUGUUUUUUUUUUUUUUUGGGGGGGGGAGGUAAUUUUCUUUUGUAAGAGUAGCAUAGAGACUAAUGAAACCAUGAAUGAGUCAUUACAUUUUAAUUAUUCAAUUUAAUGUCACCUCAGCAAUUUAAUCUUACAAUUCUUUAACUAUGUAUUAGAAAUUUACUUGUCCUAGUGUUAUCCUUAUUCAGUCCUUAUGCUCAUUAUUUAUUCAUGAAUAUGCCAUGAUUAAGAUGAUAAUAAAAGUACUGCUCUGAAGCACAUAAUUUUUUUAUAUCUUAAGAUAUUCUUGAAUUUAAAUAUCCUCGUACAAAACAUGUAAGGAUGAUAACACUUAGUAAGCUAAAGAGAUAAAGCACCUUCAAAAACUAAUACAGGUAAUACUAUGCAUUUAUGAUUCAAUAUUUACAUAGUUUUUAAUUGAUCUGUAUGAUGUAGAUGUUCCCAUUAAUGUGAUAUUUACAUUUAUUGUGCUUUAAAAUGGAUAACAAAUAGCUGUGAUAUUAAUUUAUCCCCAUUUUUGCAAUCAUAAUGUUUCUUAACCUAUUAUUUUUUUCUCCAAAUUCAAUAAAACUAGAUUGUGUAAUUAUAGGAUUUCAUGAAAGUAUUUAUCGCUGGACAACAGCAAAAAUGAUUGACUACAAUUUCACAAACCUUAUAUCUCAUUUUUCCCCUGUCAAGUAUUCAACAAUAAAUACAAUCACAUUUGAUUAAACACCACUUGACAACAUACUCAAUGGCCCUAAUUCACAAAAAGGUGGUAUAAUUAAAAAUAGAACACUUUCUAUAAAAAAGGAAAUGGUUAUGAGAAUGAAACAUUUGCUUUGACUUUUGGUUAAUUUUGUUUCUCAACAUGGUGGUAUCUUUUAUUUCUUUCAGUUUUCUUCAUAAAGGGAUUAUACUUUGGAAUGAUAUACUACAUAUAUGUUGCAUUUGUUCAAUACCAUUUUCAUUGAGUCUCUGAUGCAUUUUCUUUUAGAAUAGCACACUAAUAUAACCAUGGAUAGUUCAAGUAGGGUCCAUAAACUGAGGUCAGAUUUAUAUAAAUUUUUAUUUUCUUGUAAUGCUUUUUUUCUCAGAGGCUCCAAGUAGUUGAUGCAUGAUAAUUUCUUAGCUUGUUGAAAUUGAUGAAAUAUUUCAAGUUUCAUUCAUGUAUAUAAGAAGAAUAUGAAUUUUAUUCAUAAUUUCAAGCAAUUCAAAUUCUCGAUUCAUCUAAUAUUACUGAUAAAAUAGUUUUAUCUCAAAGACUUGCUCUUGUUACUAUGCAAAGUUUCCUUUAGAUUGCCUUAGUAUUAAUGACGAAACUCAUUUUGAUUUGCUGGAAGAAUGGUUGUCCAUUAUUUAUCAUUUGAUAAGCAGAACAUAUUUUGCCCGUUUCUUCACUAUUAAGACAUUUCCCCCCUUCAAUUUCCAUUUUGGUUGUAAGUUAUUAAUGUGGAUGCUACAAUAUUUCUAUUGGUUGAAUAAAUGAAUAUACUAGUGUUUUGUACACGCUU